UUUCAAACUUUUAACGUCACGCUUUAUGUUUCGCAAAUUCAAGCGUUUUGAAUUAACUUUGGAAAAUCAGGUCAUUCCUGUGCUUGUAUUUGUGGGCUUAGUUUUCAUUCCAAUUGGCCUUGCUUGCAUUGCAGCUUCAAACAAGGUCGUCGAGGUGGUUUACCGAUAUGACACCAAAUGUGUACCAGGGAACAUGAUUCACAAUAAAGUAGCCUACAUCCAAAAUGCGUCAAUAGAUAAGACCUGCGCAAUUAUUCUCAAGGUCCCCAGGGAUAUGAAGAGGCCAAUCUUCAUAUAUUACCAACUUGACAAGUUCUACCAAAACCACAGAAGGUACACUACGAGCCGCAGCGACAUGCAGCUGAGAGACCCCAAGCAGGCAGCUGCCAAUAUAGAGUUGUGCAAGCCCGAAGCGUAUGCCGCCAAUGGCAGCCCCAUCAUCCCCUGCGGGCUCGUGGCGUGGAGCCUCUUCAACGACACAUACAGCUUCGCACGUCGCCGCCGUCGCGGCGGCCACGCCGAGGCGCUGACAGUGAUUAAGAGCGGGAUCUCGUGGCGGAGCGACAGGGGCCACGUGUUUGGCAGCCAUGUCUUCCCCAAGAACUUUCAGAACAGCAGCCUCGUCGGCGGCGGGCAGCUCGAUCCGACAAAACCCCUGAGCGAGCAGGAGGAUCUGAUGGUGUGGAUGCGCACGGCGGCGUUGCCGAGGUUCAGGAAGCUGUACGGGAGGGUGGAGGCGGACCUCGGCGCCGGCGAGCUCCUCGCCGUGGCGGUGCAGAACAACUACAACUCGUACAGCUUCGCGGGGAAGAAGGCGGUUGUGCUUUCCACCGCGGGGCUGCUCGGAGGGCGGAACGCCUUCCUCGGCCGCGCCUACGUCGUCACCGGCGUGGCAUGCUUCGCGCUCGCGCUGCUGCUCACGCUGCUCUGCCUCGUCUUCCCCAUGAGGGAGGAGCAUCUUCUGCUACGCGGUAGCCACAUCGGCCGAUGAUCGGUUAUUGCCCAAGUUGUCCUUCAUUUUUCACCAAUUGAUGGAGGAUUGGUGAACGUAGUUAUGGCAGAUAAGCUUGUGAGUUAGUUAGAUGUAAAGUACAGUGCACGGAUCUGAAGGUAAAACCCAGAGUGUGGCAUGUACACUGUGAGAGAAAGCGCCUUAGCAGACCAGUUUAUUUAGAAAAAGACAUUAAAUAUAGGUGAUACAAUGUAUUACUAUCUCUUAUUAUUACCUUUAGCAAUUAAUGUAAAUUAAUUAAUUUCAGUAAAUUGGAUU